AUGGUGCUCUUGCGCCUCCGCGUCGCCGUGGUCGGUGAGCCGACCUCCGGCAAAACUGCAUUCGUUCAGAUGGUGCAUAGCAACGGUACGGUAUUCCCCAAAAACUAUCUCAUGACAAUGGGUUGCGACUUUGUCAUAAAAGAGUUUGCGCUGGACGAGGACAGCACGGUCGAGGUGUCGCUCCUGGACGUGGCGGGGCAGCGGCUGUAUGAUCGCAUGACAUCUCACUAUCUAGAGAACGUGUCUGCCUUUAUUCUCGUGUACGAUGUGUCGAACAAGGCAACGUUCGAGUCAUGUCGGAAGUGGGUGGCCAAGGCGCGGACUGCGAAGAAGGACAUGAUCGGCUUCCUUGUGGCGAACAAGAUGGACCUCGCUGACAAGGCCGAGGUCACGGAUAAUCAAGCGGAGGUUUUUGCACGCGCUAAUCAACUUACCUUUUUCAAGUGCUCUGCACUGCGCGGCACGGGCACGGUAGAGCCCGUGGAGAGGCUCUCGCGCAUGUUCCUGGAGGAGUAUCAGAAGAGACUGGCUCAGCUGUCACAGCUCAGCGCAUGUAAGUGA